GUGUAGCUGCAUCCAAAGCACAAAGUUUCACACAAAGCUUACAAACAGAUUCCGAUCGACUUCCGAAAAGUAGCUAGUUGAGUGAAUUAAGCGUGGAUCGAUGGCGUCCGUGGAGGAAAUCCGCAAGGCUCAGCGAGCACAUGGUCCCGCAAACAUUUUAGCCAUCGGCACAGCCACUCCCUCCAACUGCGUCUCUCAAGUUGAUUAUCCCGACUAUUACUUUCGGAUCACCAACAGCGACCACAUGACCGAGUUGAAGGAGAAGUUCAGACGCAUGUGUGAUAAAUCGAUGAUAAAGAAACGUUACAUGCACUUGGAUGAAAAUAUUCUCAAGGAAAAUCCCAACAUGUGCGCGUACAUGGCUCCGUCUCUUGACGCGCGUCAAGACAUAGUGGUCGUGGAGGUGCCAAAGCUUGGGAAGGAAGCGGCAACAAAGGCAAUCAAAGAGUGGGGGCAGCCCAAAUCCAAAAUCACCCACCUCGUCUUCUGUACAACCUCAGGUGUAGACAUGCCCGGUGCCGAUUACCAACUCACCAAGCUUCUCGGCCUUCGACCCUCCGUCAAGCGCUUGAUGAUGUACCAGCAGGGCUGCUUCGCCGGUGGCACCGUCCUCCGUCUCGCCAAGGACUUGGCCGAGAACAACAAAGGUGCUCGUGUUCUCGUCGUCUGUUCCGAGAUCACAGCUGUCACUUUCCGUGGGCCCACUGAUACCCACUUGGACUCCCUCGUUGGACAGGCCCUUUUCGGUGAUGGUGCCGCAGCAAUUAUUGUGGGUGCCGACCCCGAUACAUCCAUUGAACGCCCACUUUUCGAACUCGUAUCGGCGGCGCAGACAAUUCUUCCCGAUUCUGACGGUGCCAUUGAUGGACACUUGCGCGAGGUGGGUCUUACCUUUCACUUGUUGAAGGACGUGCCGGGGAUAAUAUCGAAGAACAUUGAGAAAAGCUUGGCGGAGGCUUUUGCUCCGCUGGGUAUAAGGGAUUGGAACUCUCUGUUUUGGAUUGCACACCCGGGUGGGCCGGCCAUUCUUGACCAGGUUGAGUCGAAGCUGGGACUGAAAGAGGAGAAACUCAGAGCAACUCGGCACGUUCUGAGCGAGUACGGGAACAUGUCGAGUGCAUGUGUGCUCUUCAUAUUGGACGAGAUGAGGAGGAAUUCUGUGGAGGAAGGAAAGGCCACCACCGGAGAAGGGUUGGAGUGGGGUGUUCUCUUCGGGUUUGGGCCCGGUUUGACCGUCGAGACGGUGGUGCUGCACAGUAUUCCAGUGCCCGUGGCGGCCAUUCACUGAUUGGGAAGGAAUUCAACAAUAAUUAAUGAACGUAAGCUCGUUCGUAUGGAGAUUGGAGAAGAAGAAAAAAAAAUAUUGAAUUUUGUGUGAUUAAUGCUCAUCGAUCUAAAAGUAAUUGUUCCGUACGUGUGUUUCCCAAUAAAAGAAAACAUUGGUAUUUACUAUAAAUAUAUUUUUAUCGCUUAAUUGCAGGAUUGCAUCAUUGCAUCUAUUAUUGUACGUUACAGUAGAUUUAAUUAAGCUAGCCUUGUGCGUGACGGGUUGGUUUGGUUCACGCUUUUUCCUCUACCUAUAAGCUAGUCCCCUUACCUACCUGUCUAAUGUCAAUUCUUAGGUUUUGGUUUCCUUCACAUGUUAUGUUAUGUUCUAAUUAUGCCUAUCAAGUUUCAUGA